CUCCGUUUCACUCGCUGUUCAGGCCAGGAAGGAGUUGGUCCGUCUUUGGGAGUCCCUGCCCCUCCCCGUGGAGGCUCUGGAGCCAGGCGGAGAUAGUAAGCAGGGACAAUGCCCGUAUUGGUACCCCCAGCUGAGCACAGCCAGGACACGCGCGUAGGGACUCGAGCAUGGCGCGAGGCAGCCAAAUCCAUCAUGCGGAAGGCGCACCACCUGACCGACCGCUGCGGGCAGGAGGCAGUGACCAUGUGGCAACCCAAGGACAGCGUGAGGGAUCCGCACGUGGCGCGCCACCUCUGCCGCGCUGCCUACAUCCUGCCCUGGCGCUUCCACGUGGAGAUGCUCAAGGGUGGCGGCACCUUAGAGAAGCCGCCGCCUGGCGAGGGCGUCACGCUGUGGAAGGGCAAGAUGAAGCCCCCCGCCUGGCACGCCCGCCUGCCUCUGCCCUUGCACCGCGAUGCGCGGGCCCUGCAGACUGCGGAGGUGGUGCACGCGCACGCGCGCGGGGCGCGCCUCACAGCUGCCCGCCUGUGCCGUGCGCAGCACCAGAUCAAUGGGCAGCUGCGGCUGCUGCUUCGGCAACGGGAGGCUACGGACCGCAGGCUCAGCGAAGUGCGCAAAGGCCUGCUCAUUAACCAGCAGAGCGGCAAGCUUCGGGGCUACCGGCCCAAGUCCGAGAAGGUCCCUGACAAAGCUGACAGUAUGCUUAACUGGGAGAAGGAGGAGCUAAAGAGCAUGAAGAGGAAGAUGGAAAAAGAUAUGGAAAAAUCAGAGACCCUGCUCAAGGCCCUGGCAUCCUGCCGUGACACUCUGGCCUUCUGCUGCAAGGAGAGGCUCCAAGCUGUGGACCUAAUGAAUCAGCCACUGGAUAAAGUUCUGGAGCAGGCUGGCCGUCACUCCUGGGUGAACCUCUCCCACAUCCCUUCUGUGCGCCCUCAGGGCCAGAAAACACCUCCCCCAGACCCUGUGGGCACCUAUACCCCAGAGUGCGCCACGGCGCUGGACGAAGCCAAGCGACUGUUGAUGGAGUCCAAGGACACCUUGCUGGAAAUGACAAAGAACGAGGAGGACGUCCAGGAACAACAAGAAGAGAUAAGCAAUCGCGUGUGCGCCUCUCUGGCACAGAAGAUGCGUGAGACCUUGGAACUGAAGGAAAGAAUGAAUAUGACCUUAGGACUAAUGAGGGGAACUAUCCAUCGGUGCACGAAAUUCAGCCAGGAAAUGUACAUCACUCGUGGCCUAAUCAAGGGUCCUGUGUCAAAACGUCACCUGGAGACUCGAGAGAAACUGGAUAGACCUCUGGUUCGAGUGUACCAGAGACACGUGGGCACCCAACUCCCCGAAGCCUCGCGCCUCGCCCAGGGUACUGACAAGCUGCAGCGCCACAUCUCGCACGUGGAAAAAAACCUGAAGGAGCUGCUCGCCACGCACAAGAACCUCACCGGGAGCCUCAAAUGCAAGAAGAUCGGGUAUGAAGUGGACUACAAUGUAGUGCGCUUGCGCCUCCGCCAGCGGCACCCGCACAUGUGCUACGAGCAGGCGCAGCGCCUGGUCAACGACUGGGACCCGCGCACGCCGCCCCGCGCCGAGCCGGACGCUGUCUCCAAGUGACAGACUUCGCCCCCUGCAGCAGCCUUCCGGCCCAGUUCUGGGUGGACCUGAGGAGCUGAGACUUACAGCUCAAUGGCCCUCCCCCUACCCUCCCUCAAAACAUCCUCUAGCAGAAUUAUAAUAAAAAUGACAAU